ACUUUAUUUUAUUUCACUAAUGAAGAGGAUCUCGCCCUCCUGAAGAAGAGCUGGAGCAUUUUAAUUGAGCUCAGUUUUGUGCAUUAUCCGCUGUUUGUCUUAAUGAAAAUGACGGAGUAUAAACUGGUUGUCGUGGGAGCUGGAGGUGUUGGAAAAAGUGCCUUGACAAUUCAGCUGAUACAGAAUCAUUUUGUUGAUGAAUACGACCCAACAAUAGAGGACUCAUAUCGAAAGCAGGUUGUCAUUGAAGGUGAAACUUGUUUGUUGGAUAUUCUGGACACAGCGGGACAAGAGGAAUACAGUGCUAUGAGAGAUCAGUACAUGAGGACAGGAGAAGGUUUCCUACUUGUAUUUGCCAUAAACAAUGCCAAAUCAUUUGAAGAUAUCAGCAUGUAUCGAGAACAGAUUAAAAGGGUUAAAGACGCAGAAGAAGUGCCAAUGGUUUUGGUGGGCAAUAAAUGUGACUUGCCAACCCGGGCUGUGGAAGUGAAUCAAGCACAAGAAGUUGCCAAGCAGUACAUGAUUCCCUUUGUAGAAACAUCAGCCAAAACACGACUUGGAGUGGAUGAUGCCUUCUACACAUUGGUUCGGGAGAUUAGGAAAGAUAAAGAGCACCGUGGAAAAGACAGAAAGAAGCAUCGAAUAGGCUACAGAUGGAAGCUGUGUUGUCUUUUAUAAUCAUGACAAAGAUUGUAACGUGUGGCACCAGUGUCAGGUAAAAUAUUUUUUGGAACUGACACCAGUUGGUAAUGCUGUGGUCUUCACUGCCAGGCAGAAGGUGCAUUGUUGAAAAUUACACCAAAGGUUUCAUGUGCUGGCAUCAUAUUUUUAGUAGGUGAAGAAUGUAUUGCUAUUUUUCUAACAUGGACAGAAACUGUUAGAAUACAUUCCAGUGGCAGUUACAAGUACAAUGUGAAACCGUUUUGUGUGACCUGUAUUACUCCUCUUUUCUUAUUACUAUUAAAUAGUUUGAUUGCUUCCAAAAGAGGCAAGGUACCAGAAAGACAGCUGCUACUGUGAACAUCUUUUGAAGGAUUAUAUGUUAUUGAUAAUUCCAAAGCUAUAUGUUGUUACAGUCCAACUCUGAAUGCCAGUCAUUCAAAAUGAAUUUAAAUUUUUAAACAUUGUUGUUAAAUAUGUAAUUCUAGAAUAUUUUCUCAGAUUUUAUUAUGCUGUAGUAAUUUAGAUAAGCCAGGUGUAUUUCUCUUGAGUGUUUGUAGUUGAGGCCCUGAUAUUUAUGCAGCAUUGUAAAGUAUGCUAUGUGUAGGAGUGGCCCAAAUCAUUAUUUAUUAUGAUUGCGUUCCCUUCUUCAUCAUAUCAUGUUUGAUUUUGAAAGACUGGUCUGAGCAGGACAGGUUUCACAAACUUUGUUCAAAUUGUUAAUGUGGUCAGACUCAGAGUGCAGACAGAAGUUCUGAGCAGGUUGUGCAUAAUUCCUUAACAGCUGCUUAUUUUAUAAGUCAAAUGUUUGUUAAUGUCUCUGAUAAUGAAAAGAGUCUACUUGGUUAACUGAGACACUGGUGAGAAGGUAAUAUUAAAAUGUAUCUUGGAGAUACAAAAAUGUUAGCUGACUCAAGAUAGGGUACAGUGUUGGGCAGGCUUUUGUGGUGAUGGUAACCAAACUUUGGGUUCCAUGAUAAGAUUACAUUUCUUUGCCCACUGUUUUUUCUGAUUAGAAACAGUUGUCAUGUCUACAUGGAUGUCACUGUAUACCAUUUCUUAUGGAACCUGUUAUAACUGACUGCAACAGUGUGCAGAAUGCUCAGACUGAAUGAGGAGGAUCAAGGAUGCAAUGUAACAUUUUAGAAAGCAGUUGGCCAGUCAUCUGAACUUUUCUGGAAUACAAGCUGCUUGUGUCAAUGACAAGUAUUUACAGUUCCCUUUCUUCUCACUGUGUGCACUUCAGUAUGUCAUACCAAAAUUGACUCUCUCUCUUUUGUCUCCUAUGCAACUGCUGCAGUAUUUCCUUAAAAUGUGCUGGUAUGGCUUGCUUUUACAUUAUCUUUAAUUUGUUCAUAUUCAUCCUGCUGCUUCUCUAAGUAAUCUCUGCACUUGGCAAACAGUUGAUCAGAUUUUAUUGUGAAAGUUUGUUUGAUUUAGGAUUAGUUGGUAAGGCCCUGUCAUUUACCAGUCUGUUCUCCUCUGCCUGUUAGUGUUGCAGUGUUGUAACUAGGUUUGUUGAAUAUUGGAUUUUCCACUCGGUGUAUUUGUCUAAAAUUUCUGAGCUGUAAAUUCAAACAUUCAUCAGGAUAUCUGCCUUUGAUAGGUUAAGUAUUGUGCCUCUUCUACACUACAACCACAUAUCUAUGUUUUUUUUAUGUCUGAACUGUGGUAUCUGCUUUAUCUGGUUUAAUACAGGCUGGGAAUACAUGCCAGCUGAUAUGUU